CCUUGAAAACAGCAUCCAUUUGAUAAAUUUCUGAGACAUGCAGAUGCAAUUGCAAGCGCCGACCUUUGCACAAUUGCCUUGUUUUUUCAACUUCCCAGCAAGACACUCCAAGGAUGUUAUGAUUAAGCACUCACAUGGCCGAUGCCGUUCAAUAUCAGUCAAAAGUUUGCCUAGGAGGGUGCUUUUGCAGCUUAUGGGGUUCAGUCCCAUAUCAUUGAGUACUUAUCCUAUUUUUGCUGCCCCAGUGCAAGAGAUGGACGAGCCUGAAGUGAUUCGGACAUUGAAGCUUUCCAAUGGGGUGAGAAUUCAAGAAAUUAUUGAAGGGGAGGGGCCAGAAGCUCAUGAUGGAGACAAUGUACAAGUGAACUAUGUAUGCCGACGAUCGAAUGGAUAUUUUGUUCACAGCACCGUCGAUCAAUUCAGCGGAGAAAGCGCUCCUGUCACUCUUCCAUUGGAUGAGAACCAGAUUAUAAAAGGUUUGAAGGAUGUUUUAACAGGCAUGAAGGUUGGAGGAAAGAGAAGAGCACUAAUACCUCCUUCUGUGGGAUACAUCAAUGAAAACUUGAAACCGAUUCCCGACGAGUUUGGUCCUCGACGUAGCCUCUUAUCCCAUGCCAAAGAACCGUUGAUCUUUGAGGUCCAGCUUCUGAAGAUAUCAUGAAAGUUUGCACUGCUAUUGUUUUUCAGUUUUUGAGCAUCAAAGACAUGUAUU